CGAAAAAAUUUUUGUGGUGGCAGGUAAAAAGUGUUGUGUAGGAGAAUAAAAUAUUCUGACAUUCAAUUGGGGCGAGAAGACGUUCGUCGUUAGAAAACGGUCAACGAAACAAGCCAUAAUGCUGCGUUCUAGACUCUCCCAAGUGGCCUGUGCCGCCCAGCGCGCAUUCUCCACGAGUCCCAGAGCUUUGGCCGCCAAGCAAAUGACCGUACGCGAUGGACUAAACAGCGCCCUAGACGAUGAAUUAGCCCGGGAUGAUCGUGUCUUUUUGCUCGGCGAGGAGGUGGCACAAUAUGAUGGCGCCUACAAGGUUUCACGUGGUCUAUGGAAGAAAUAUGGAGACAAACGGAUCAUCGAUACGCCAAUAACAGAAAUGGGUUUCGCUGGAAUUGCAGUCGGUGCAGCUAUGGCUGGUUUGCGUCCUAUUUGCGAGUUCAUGACCUUUAACUUCUCAAUGCAAGCGAUCGAUCACGUCAUCAAUUCAGCUGCCAAGACAUUUUACAUGUCCGCAGGAGCCGUUAACGUACCAAUUGUAUUCCGUGGGCCCAAUGGGGCGUCAGCUGGUGUUGCAGCGCAGCACUCUCAAUGCUUUGCCGCUUGGUACGCCCACUGCCCGGGAUUGAAGGUUGUGUCACCCUACGAUACGGAAGAUGCACGCGGAUUGCUCAAGUCUGCCAUACGUGAUCCCGAUCCAGUGGUUGUCCUGGAGAACGAGCUGAUGUAUGGUGUUGCAUUUCCGGUUGAUGAAAAAGUAACCGAUGUCGAUUUCUUGGUGCCCCUCGGAAAAGCAAAGAUUAUGCGGCCAGGAAAAGACAUUACAAUUGUGGCGCAUUCCAAAGCUGUGGAAACAGCGCUACUUUCCGCCGCUGAACUAGCUAAAAAAGGAAUCGAAGCUGAAGUAAUCAACCUGCGUUCCAUACGCCCUCUAGACAUGCAAACCAUUUUCACUUCAGUCCGUAAAACGCAUCACUUGAUAACCGUGGAAAACGGCUGGCCACAACACGGUGUGGGUGCUGAGAUCUGUGCUCGCUUUAUGGAGGAUCCAGCUUUCUUUGAACUAGACGCCCCUGUUUGGCGAUGCUGCGGAGUUGAUGUGCCCAUGCCAUACGCAAAAACUUUGGAGCUUAAUGCACUGCCUCGCGAGCCCGAUGUGACUGCAGCCGCCCUCAAAGUGCUGGGCAAGAAAUAAACAAGCAUACAACAAGCACACAUCCGAAUCAGGCUUACUAAAUUAUUUGUCCUUCACGAAAAAAACGAUGGGCUUAAGUUGUCCAAAUUUAUCAAUGCUCGGCAAAUCGAACAGUGAAAUUAUAAAUGUUUAUUAAUGGGA